AUGAUUGGUCAGUACGCCGCAGAAUGGGAAGCAAAGGGCGGAAUUUUCUCUUUGGCACAGGGCGUCGUUUGGUGGCGUGAACCGACUUCAUCAACACAGGCCCUCAUUUCCGCUUUACAGGAAAAGGAUAGCAUGCUGCACAUGUACGGACCCGACGAAGGAUUGAUAGAUCUUCGAGAUGCCUUACAAGAAAAGAUCAGGGAUGAAAAUGGUCUGGAACACCACCAAGUUAUGGUCACAGUGGGGGCAAACCAAGCGUACGUGAACUGUGUACUGACGCUGGUCGAAGAACAGGACAAAUGCGUCGUCUUCAAACCGUACUACUUCAAUCAUGUUAUGGCUUUGCAAAUGACACUGCCGAAAGAUUGCCUGAUGGUGGGAUCGAGUAGUGAUGACGGAAUUCCGGAUCUGAAAUGGCUGGAGUCAAACCUACGACAGGAUUCUUCUAUUAAAAUGGUAACGAUCGUCAACCCCGGCAAUCCAACCGGCACUCUGCUGUCUCGGGAUUUUCUUCAGAAAGCUGUUGAUCUAUGCCGAUAUUACGGUUGUUGGCUUAUUUUGGAUUGCACGUAUGAGUACUUUGUACCCAGAGGAUCGCGAUUUGACGGCUGUUUUAAGGAUCCGCAUGUUUUACACAUAUUCUCCUUUAGUAAAGCAUACGCCCUGGCAGGCUAUCGAUGCGGAUAUGUUACUGUUUCACGGGAUGCACAUGGAGUUUAUGAAGAAAUGACCAAGGUACAAGAUACAAUACCAAUCGCUCCUUCGCGAAUUUCACAAAUAGCUGCACUUGGGGCUAUGAAAGCGGGAAGCUCGUGGGUAGAGGAAAAGGUCGCCACAUUGGAUACCGGUAGAAGCGCUAUUCUGAAAGCAUUAGAGCCGCUGGACCAGAUAAUGGGUGGAUCGGGCGCCAUGUAUAUUAUGGGGAAGCUGAAAGAUGGGAGCGACGAUCAAGAAGUGGCGAGGCGAUUGGUGCAAGAGUUUGGGGUUGCAGUGAUUCCGGGAAGCUUCUGUGGCUCUCCGGGAUGGAUCCGAGUGUGUUAUGCGAAUUUGCCCCCCGAAAAAUGCUUGGAAGCCGCCGUACGACUAAAAAAAGGCAUCCUGGCAGUUGAAGAGGACGCAUCGUUGUGA